GCCGCUCAUUUUGGUUACAGGCGAUUCCGAUUGCCUCGAACAGACUGGUCGCCUUGUGGCAGAAGCAGAGGCCAUCUUGACAGGUGAAGAAGCUGAAAAAAGCUGCAGAACGCGUCCUGGGUGGGCGGCAGCAGCGCCGGCGGCUCGCCGGUCUCCAGCUGCAUGAUGUCCCCGCACGACGCCCUCCCGCCGUCCUGCAUGUCGCGCCACGCGCACGCCCACGCCCACGCCUUCGUGGGCAUGCCCUCGCCGGGACCGUGCCUCUCCCCGCCGGGAAUCGGCAGCCUCUUCAACGGCGUGGGGCUCGGCGCGGGCGGAGGAGGAGGGACGGUUCCGUCCGGGGCGUCGAGCGGCGGAGGGGGGAUCUCGAAUGCGGCGGCGGCCGCCGCGGCAGCGGCCGCCGCGGCUGCAGCGGCCGCUGCCGCCGGGGUCAACGGCCACGAGUUCACGCUGAGCGUGGAGUGCGAGCGCAAGAGCACCAGCAUUGCCGCGCUGCGCAUGAAGGCGAAAGAGCACAGCGCCUCCAUCUCGUGGGCCACGUAGCCGCGAUGAGUCGCGCAGCAGCAGCAGCAAACCGCAGUCAGCAGCAGCCAACAUUCGCUGUGAGGUCGUGUGGCGAAGUGACACCCGCCACCCCCUCCAAACCCACCGCGCCCCUCGCCGCCCCCCAACCCACCCUACUUCGCCCCCCUUUGAAACCACCAUCAGUGCCGCCACUCAAGCUGCGAUCGAUGCAGCCUCAACUCAACUUUGGCCUGGGUCACAGAGCUCUGGCGUGGUUGGCGAGCAGCGAAGUACGUCCCACGGCCAGUAGUGGAGUUCAGAGCCCGCGGGUGCCUUCAUGCAUUGAGCAUUUGAAGUUUUUCACGUAGAACGAGUUCCGGCCGCAGUACUGACUCUUUUCAACGCCCUGCGCUCGGGUUUAUGGCAGAGUCGUGGUGUUAAUGAAGGUCAAAGUGUCCUCUUGCUGAAAUGAACGUGGGGCAUUGCUCACUGCGGUUGGCAGCCCUGACCUAAUGGUGUCAAUUCCAUAAUCCGAUGGCAAGGUUCGUUACCUCGAGAGGAUGACCGCCGUUCCCACCAGCUUUUUAUUGACCCUGGGGGGAUGAUAAUAAUGGGCAAAAAUCGACCAACCAAAACACGGAUUUGAACUUCAGACCUUCCGACUGUACGUCAGGUGCUCUAAUCAUAACGCCACUCCACCAAAUCAUAAUAAUAACGAUACAAAUAAGACUUCACUCAGAUUCUCCAUUUCAGGAAGGUCACUCUUGAGAUGCUUGACAGAUUUCGAAUUGGGUUUUUAUUGUUUAAACCUAAGGAUCUUGCUCAGAAAAAUUAGAUAAAUCCAGCAUCCUCUUUGUUUCGAGUCCUGUACCAUCAUACUCAAGGUCAAGAGCUCAUCAAGGCCAACACAGUUGAUGCCGUCAUACCUUGCCCCAGUAAAAAAAUUAACUUUUUAUUUUACUCGGUAAUGCCCACUGAGCUAUAUAGCUCUUUUUCAGGAGUGACCUGGCCGCAAAUGAUAUCUCAACGACGUGGCUUAUCAUGUGGAAACGUAUAGCAUCCAAAUACUAUAAACGCACGUUUUUAAAUGUGGAGGAAAAAAGUGGAUGACCCAGAGAAAGAUCCACGUGACCACGGGGUCGGGAUUGAACCCACGAACCUGCGGCCUACCAGGCGAGGGGGAUAACAUGUCGACACUACGACGCCCAGUUUCACGUCCGCCCCUCGGUCGCUGAUCUCUGGGAGCUAUCGACGCUGCCGGUCUCGGUCGCCCAUCGUCUUCCUCCAGCUCACGCCCCCCCCCCCAACCCCCUCCCCCCACCCCCGCGACGUCAUUGCAGCCUCCUCCUGCUGCUCCGUCUGCUGUAACGUGGACGUUAAAGACCCAGUGAAAGCCGCUUGCAAUGAGAGUGGGCAAUUGCGUGCCAAUGUAGUGCGGAAUCCAGAUCCCAAAUUUUCAACAUCACUUGCUGUUUGAAUGCGAAAAUAAAUUAAUAAGCAUGGGCCUGUAGAUUUGCUUUGCGAGCAAAAUACGCAGUGACUCUCAAUAUGGUCUCAAGUGUUUAGAUAAAGGACAAGUUACUACGUAAAAAAAAUCAAAUAUCAGAUAUAUGGCCGUAGAGAUGAUAUUUGUUAUAAAUGGUGUGUCCGAGUGGUCCGACGGUUCGAUCGCUUGACCCAACACACGUAAGUUUGCAAGUUCAAAUCCCCAUUGGUCGUCAACUCUGCCCAUCAUCCCUCCAGCGUCUAUAAAUUUGUGAGUAAUACAUCUGCGACUGUUGCACGAAUAGAAUGGCCCCCACCAUGAAAGUGUGGAAUUGUUCAGCACUGGCUGAGUGACAGGUAACGAGCCUUGGAGCGCUUCUCCGUCGCUCAUCCAAAUAGGAAGUAGGCACUUUGACUUUUCAAAGAGGAAAUGCGUGGCAACAGUUUAACGGACGGACUUGCCAUCUCGACAAUGGCAUUCGAAUGCAUAGUGCGGGCUACGUACGUGCACACACACACACGCGCACGCGUGUGCACGCGUGCAGAACUCAAGCAAGACAGCUACACAGGUGGCAAGUCUCUCUUUGAGUAAUGAAGCACCUGGCUCUCUGAAGAAAUGCUCCUCGGGCGGUCGACGCUUGUGGCUGCUGCUGCUGCUGUUGCUGCUGCUGCAGCAGCCAGAAGAACAAUGUUGGGGCUGUAGGGGGCAAAGAGUGGAGAUGAAAAAAAAACGAUCCAGCCUUCCAGACACUGACAAAAAGAAUCUACGACUUCAAUCUGACAUUUUGAGAAGUCCAAGUCCCAUGGAUUGGGGAAUUAGGCGAAAAAAUAUUUAGUGAUGUGAUGUGUUUGCAUUUGGGAGCAAUGGAAGGUUUAAGUUUAAAGGUUUCCGUUUUAUUUUUAGAUUCUUUGGCUUGGCAAGGAUGUGGGUUUUUUUUUUCUUGCUCUCGUACUAACACAGUGUUGGUGGCGUAUGUCCAGUAUAUAUAUAAAAAAAAUUUCCGAAGUUAAAUUCGUAUUUUUUUUUUUAACACGAGACACGUUCGCCACGCAUGCAGUGCUUUGGGUGUGCGGAAAGUUGUUAUAUGCAAAUGUGCCCCCUCCUCAUUUUUUUCACGGUCUGACGAGUAAGAACCGCGCCGCUUUAAAUAUUUCGCGGAAAAAAAAAACAUAUUUUAAGUGCUUAACUCGAAACCUCGUUGUCCGCGCUUUGUGCUAUAAAAGUAGACGCAGGGGAUGCGUACAGGAAUUUUAAAGUUUAAUAAAAUACAAAAAGUG